AUCGGUAGGAUCCAUCUGUGAUCUGUAUCUUCCCUUCGACCCAUGAAGGUGCAGACAGGACGCACACUGCAGCCUACGGUAGUCUACUGCACAUAGAGGGCGUUUUCCCAGCAUGAGAAACAUUUGAUCGGUCCACCUAGGGUAAUGCAAACCCACAUACUACAUCACUGAACACAAAUCAGGGAGGGAAGCAAGAGCUGAAGUACAGUGUGCGGAGCAUCUGUAGACCUAUACUGUGAACCUGCCACAUGCGUUUGGACUCUUACUGCACAGCCGGUGGAUAUUAAAUCACUACCGGAGAUUUGUUUCCCCUUAAAGUGGCUGUAGAUAUCUCAUCGAACUUGAUUUGACCAAAACACCUCCUUGUUCUUGAUGAUACAGCGCUGUUUUUAAACACCGCGGCUGAUAGGAUAUGGCGAGCGUUCAGCCGGUGGCCACGCCGGGCGACAGAGCACCUCCUCCCGGCCACAGGCAGCACGGAGCUGCCGCGGGCUCCGGUACCGGUGACAUGAUGAUGAUGAUGAUGUCUUGCUCCGGAUCGGUGGUGCUACCGGCCGGGGUGAUAAACCCUUCGGUUCCGAUUCGGAAUAUCAAGACGAAAUUCGCAGUCCUCACCGGUCUCAUUCAAGUCGGCGAGGUCAGCAAUAGAGAUAUAGUCGAAACGGUGUUGAAUCUGCUGGUUGGUGGUGAGUUUGACCUGGAGAUGAACUUCAUCAUCCAGGAUGCAGAGGCCAUCAUCUGCAUGCUGGAGCUGCUGGAACACUGUGAAGUCACAUGCCAGGCGGAAAUCUGGAGCAUGUUUACCGCCAUCCUGCGCAAGAGUGUCCGCAACCUGCAGACCAGCACUGAGGUCGGCCUCAUUCAGAGGCUAUUGCUCAAAAUGAGCUCUGUGGAUGACAUGAUCGCAGACUUGCUGGUGGAUAUGCUGGGAGUUCUGGCCAGCUACAGUAUCACCGUCAAAGAACUCAAAUUGCUCUUCAGCAUGCUGAGAGGAGAAGGUGGAUUGUGGCCAAGACAUGCAGUCAAACUGCUCUCAGUUCUCACUCAAAUGGCACAGAGACAUGGACCAGACACUUUCUUUAACUUUCCUGGCCGAAGUGCAGCUGCGAUUGCAUUGCCUCCCAUCGCUAAAUGGCCUUAUCAGAACGGCUUUACCCUCAACACCUGGUUCCGCAUGGAUCUUCUGAACAACAUCAACGUGGAUAAAGACAAACCCUACCUUUACUGUUUCCGCACAAGCAAAGGCAUCGGCUACUCUGCACAUUUUGUGGGGAACUGCUUGAUUGUGACAUCACUGAAGUCAAAAGGAAAAGGCUUCCAGCACUGCGUGAAAUAUGACUUUCAGCCCCGCAAGAGCUAUGACAAAUGUUUCCUCGGCUCAUCUGAGACGGCAGACGCCAACCGAGUGUUCUGCGGACAGCUCGGAGCCAUCUAUGUGUUCAGUGAAGCGCUAAACCCUGCUCAGAUAUUCGCCAUCCAUCAACUAGGCCCAGGAUACAAGAGCACCUUUAAAUUUAAAUCAGAGAGCGAUAUCCACCUGGCUGACCACCAUAAGCAAGUGUUGUAUGAUGGGAAGUUAGCAAACAGCAUUUCCUGCACUUACAACGCCAAAGCCACAGAUGCUCAGCUCUGCCUGGAGUCCUCACCCAGAGAAAACCCAUCCAUAUUCGUGCAUUCGCCUCACGCUCUAAUGCUGCAGGAUGUGAAGGCCAUCGUUACACACUCCAUUCACAGUGCCAUUCACUCCAUUGGCGGUAUCCAGGUGCUGUUUCCUCUCUUUGCACAGCUGGAUUUCCAUCAGCACAGUGAAAGCCAAGUGGAGACCACAGUGUGUUCCACUCUCCUGGCCUUCCUGUUCGAGCUACUCAAGAGUUCAGUGGCAAUGCAAGAGCAGAUGCUUGGUGGGAAGGGUUUCCUGGUGAUUGGGUACCUGCUGGAAAAGGCAUCACGGACGCACGUCACCAGAGCCGUUCUGGAGCAGUUCCUCGCUUUCGCCAAAUACCUGAUCGGCCUUACCCACGGUGCACCUCUUCUCAAACAACUCUGUGACCAUAUUCUGUUCAACGCGGCUAUUUGGAUCCACAUACCUGCGAAGGUGCAGCUCUCGCUGUACACGUACCUUUCCGCAGAGUUUAUUGGCACGGCAACCAUAUACAACACCAUCCGUCGAGUCGGGACUGUGCUGCAGAUCAUGCACAUACUGAAGUAUUAUUACUGGGCUGUGAAUCCUGACCACACCAGCGGCAUCACACCCAAAGGCCUGGACGGUCCUCGGCCCUCACAGAAAGAGAUCACCUCCCUCAGAGCCUUCAUGCUGCUCUUCCUCAAACAGCUCAUACUGAAGGACCAAGGUGUUAAAGAAGAUGAGCUUCAAAGUAUUCUCAACUACCUGCUGACCAUGCAUGAGGAUGAGAACCUCCAUGAUGUUCUUCAGCUGCUGGUGGCCCUCAUGUCUGAGCACCCAGCCUCCAUGAUUCCCGCAUUUGACCAGAGGAACGGCAUCCGGGUGGUGUACAAACUACUGGCUUCUAAGAGUGAAAGCAUCCGAGUUCAGGCUCUGAAAGUUCUGGCAUAUUUCCUCAAACACUUAGGCCACAAGAGGAAGGUGGAAAUAAUGCACACAAACAGUCUCUUCACUCUUCUUGGGGAACGACUCAUGCUGCACUCCAACACACUGUCGAUAACUACGUACAACACACUAUAUGAGAUUUUGACAGAGCAGGUUUGCACGCAGGUCGUCCACAAGCCACAUGCUGAGCCCGACUCUACUGUGAAGAUCCAGAACCCAAUGAUUCUUAAGGUGGUGGCCACACUGUUGAAGACCUCCACACCCAGUGCGGACCUGAUGGAGGUGCGGCGUCUCUUCCUGUCUGACAUGAUCAAACUCUUCAGUAACAGCCGUGAGAACAGACGGUGUCUGCUGCAGUGUUCCGUUUGGCAGGAUUGGAUGUUCUCUCUCGGCUACAUUAACCCUAAGAACUCAGAGGAGCAGAAGAUCACUGAGAUGGUUUACAACAUCUUCCGGAUUCUUCUCUACCACGCCAUCAAGCAUGAGUGGGGCGGCUGGCGUGUGUGGGUGGACACACUCUCCAUAGCCCACUCCAAAGUGACAUAUGAAGCUCACAAGGAAUAUUUAGCUCAAAUGUAUGAGGAAUACCAGCGACAGGAAGAGGAGAACAUUAAGAAAGGGAAGAAGGGUCUUGUCAGCACCAUUUCGGGGCUUUCUGCCCAGGCUUCGGCCAUUAAAGGCACUCUGGAGCUGGACCCGGAUUCCCAAACUCAGACUCCUGAGAGUGAAGCGGAUGAACCAGAGACGACUGAAUCGGGGCGGAACCUCUUGUCUGAAACUAAAUGUUUGGAUGAGGAGAACCCAGCAUCAGGUGUCCAUGUGGAAGUUCAUGACCUGCUUGUCGAUAUCAAAGCUGAGAAGGUUGAGGCCACAGAGGUCAAGAUGGACGACAUGGACCUCCUGCCUGUCACUGAAAAUGGAGGCUUGGUGGAAGUGGACUCUCUUCUGGAUAACGUCUACUCAGCUGCAGUGGAGAAGCUAAACAGCAGUGUAAACAGCGUUCUGGUACCCAAAGCCACCAUAGAAGACAAAAGCUCAGGUCCUCUCAUCACACUGGCUGACGAAAAAGAUGCCAUUCCCAGCAGCAACACCUUCCUCUUUGGCACGAUGGCGACCAGCUCGGGAGAAAACCUCCUUCCUGAAAUGGGACCAUCUGAACCUCUUCCGCUCUCAGGAGUGGAACCUCAGGUCCAUACCAGCUCUAGUGCAGACCUUGGGCUUUUGGCUCUCAUGGUGAAGAGCUCGAAAGAGUUGGACACUAACCCAACAGCUUUGGAGGAUGACAGCUUUAAGAUGAGUGGUUUUAGUGUCUCUGAAGGGGAAAGCCUGUCUAAAUGCCCAGGGCAGAUAGAGACGGUGGCAGUAGAUCUGGAGCCAAGGGUUUCUGGGGUAAAGAGCACUGCAGAUGUUACCAGCACCACAUCAGACACAGAGAAAUCAGAUGAUGGCAAAGAUAAAGAGGUGAAGAAGAUUCAGACUACUGCUACAACACAGAGUUUGCACGGUCGUUCUGGUAGUCAUCUGGAUAGAGAUCUGCGAGUAGAUCUGGGUUUUAGAGGCAUGCCGAUGACAGAAGAGCAGCGUCGACAGUUCAGUCCCGGUCCCCGCACCACCAUGUUCCGUAUCCCAGAGUUCAAGUGGUCCCCAAUGCACCAGCGUUUACUUACGGAUCUGCUCUUUGACCUAGAAGCAGACGUACACAUUUGGAGAAGUCAUUCAACAAAAUCCAUCAUGGACUUUGUCAACAGCAACGAGAACAUAAUCUUUGUGCACAACACUAUUCACCUGAUCUCGCAGAUGGUGGAUAACAUCAUCAUGGCCUGUGGAGGAAUCCUUCCCCUGCUGUCCGCCGCCACCUCUCCCUCUAAUUCCAAGACUGAAAUGGAAGGCAUUGAGGCGACGCAGGGCAUGUCGUCUGAGACGGCCGUGAUCUUUCUGACCCGGCUGAUGGCCAUGGUCGAUGUGCUGGUCUUUGCAAGUUCACUCAACUUCAGCGAGAUUGAAGCUGAGAAAAACAUGUCCUCAGGUGGACUGAUGCGACAGUGCCUCAGACUAGUAUGUUGUGUGGCUGUGAGGAACUGUUUAGAGUGUCGUCAGCGUCAGAGGGACAGAAGUCUGAAGUCCACCUUGUCUUCCAGUAAGUCUCAGGAGGGCCUGCAAAGUGUUUCCAUGGCCAGCAAGACCACCAUAGAAAAUUUUCCAAGUAAUGUUUCUCCAAUUAAGGACCCGGACCGACUUCUGCAAGACGUGGACAUCAACCGUCUGCGAGCUGCUGUCUUUCGCGAUGUUGAUGACAGUAAGCAGGCCCAGUUCCUGGCUCUCGCUGUUGUCUAUUUUAUCUCGGUGCUGAUGGUGUCGAAGUACCGGGACAUCCUGGAACCCCAGCGGGAGACGGUCAGGUCUAUCAGCCAGUCAGGAAGAGGCAUUCGGCAUGAGAUAAAUUCCCCCACCAGCACAGAGCACCCAUCAGCCCUCUCUGACAGUCGCAGGGAUGCUGUUAGUGUGCUGGAGGAGUCCCGUCAGGAAUCAUCCCUCCCUCACUCAGACUCAGGACUGGGUGACGACCAGGUGUCCAGUGUGAUGAACGGGGCUGACCUGGACCAUACCAUGGGUGGUCCGAACGGCAUGAGUGGGCUGUUCUGCACACUGUCAUCAGAGGCCAGGUCACAGGAGAGCUUGACUGAGCCUUCGACUGUGGAUCACCUCAAACCCGCCUCGUCCAUCUCCAGCAUUAGCCAGUCCAACAAAGGCAUCAAUGUCAAGGAAAUCCUGAAGAGCCUGGUAGCAGCUCCUGUGGAGACCACAGAGAGCGGGCUAGACACCCUGCCAUACCCUGACCAUCAGGCCAUGAAGAGGGAAGCCCAAGCCAUGUUACCCAUGCAGUUCCAUUCCUUUGACAGGAGUGUGGUGGUACAGGCCAAGAAGCCUCUCUCGGGCCUGACAGUGAACACGGUGGGCAGUUCUGGCUCCAGCAGCACCCUGACCUCUGCUAGCACCCCAAACAUCUUCGCUGCUGCUGCUUCGUCUGCUACGCCCAAGAGUAUGAUCAACACUACAGGAGCCACAGAUGCAUCCACUUCCUCUUCCUCCAGCUUUGUGAAUGGAGCCACCAGCAAGAAUCUGCCUGCGGUUCAGACUGUGGCCCCCAUGCCUGAGGACACCAUGGAGAACAUGAGUAUCACCACUAAACUGGAGCGAGCUCUGGAGAAGGUGGCCCCAUUACUGAGGGAGAUCUUUGUGGACUUUGCACCUUUCCUCUCUCGCUCACUGCUGGGCAGUCAUGGUCAGGAGUUGCUCAUUGAAGGUCUGGUGUGCAUGAAGUCAAGCACCUCGGUAGUGGAGCUAGUUAUGUUGUUAUGCUCUCAGGAGUGGCAGAACUCUAUCCAGAAGAAUGCUGGCCUGGCUUUUAUUGAGCUUAUCAACGAGGGAAGAUAUGAGAAUGAUGUUAAUCUUUUACAUCUUUUCUCUCUCUCUUUCUUUCAUCCAUAUUUCGGUCAGUCUAACUGCGCGCAGUACGCGGCAGACAGGAAAGAAGAGGAGACGAUGUGUGAUCACCUCAUCAGUGCCGCCAAACACCGCGAUCAUGUGACAGCCAAUCAGCUGAAACAGAAGAUCCUCAACAUCCAGGUCAGUCUACAGGUCAGCAAACUCAAUUACCACACCAGGCCACUAAAUCCUCAGAGACAGAUCACUGGUGGUCAGGCUUUUUUUUUUCUGAUUCCUAACAGGAGUUCCUGUCUUUUCCCCUUUUCCAGUCAGCUGCAUGACUUCUGGCGUCUGGAUUACUGGGAGGAUGACCUCCGGAGGAGGCGGAGAUUCGUCCGAAACCCUUUUGGCUCCACCCACUUGGACAUCACGUGCAAAUCGCUGGAGGACUAUGGCCCUGAGGAAGAUGAAGCCCUGAGAGGGAGGAAGGGCUUCCGCGGCCAGGUGGUGGUCUGCCAGAGCCCUGAGACAGAGCUGAUGCUGGAGGGGGACGAUGACGCUGUCAAUCUGCUGCAGGAGAAAGAGGUGGACAACUUGGCAGGCCCUGUUGUUUUGAGCACCCCGGCCCAGCUUAUUGCCCCGGUCACUGUAGCUCGUGGGACUCUCUCUAUCACUACCACGGAAAUCUAUUUUGAAGUGGACGAAGAUGAGCCAGCCUUCAGACGCAUUGAUGCCAAAGUGCUGGUCUACUCCGAGGGGCUUCACGGCAAAUGGAUGUUCAGCGAGAUCCGAGCGGUGUUCACCAGACGCUUCCUGCUUCAGAACACAGCGCUGGAGAUCUUCAUGGCCAACAGAACGUCCAUCAUGUUUAACUUCCCCGAUCAGCCCACAGUGAAGAAGGUGGUCUACAGUCUUCCUUGCGUUGGCGUCGGCACAAGUUACGGUCUUCCACAGGCCAGGCGGAUUUCUUUGGCCACCCCUCGUCAGCUCUUCAAGUCGUCUAAUAUGACUCAGCGCUGGCAAAGACGGGAGAUCUCCAACUUUGAGUACCUGAUGUUUCUCAAUACCAUUGCAGGAAGGACAUACAAUGAUCUGAACCAGUAUCCUGUUUUCCCAUGGGUCCUCACAAACUAUGAGUCAGAAGAGCUGGACCUCACAGUUCCCGGCAACUUCAGGGAUCUUUCAAAGCCAAUCGGAGCGCUGAACCCAAAGCGUGCUGUAUUCUACGCCGACCGCUAUGAAUCAUGGGAUGAGGAAACUCCACCCUGCCACUACACAACCCACUAUUCCACCGCAGCCUCCACCCUCCACUGGCUUGUCCGAAUCGAGCCUUUCACUACAUUCUUCCUGAACGCCAACGGCAACAAGUUUGAUCUCCCAAACCGCACUUUCUCCGGCAUCGCCCGCUCGUGGAGGCACUGCCAGCGUGAUACUGCAGAUGUGAAGGAGUUGAUCCCUGAGUUCUACUACCUGCCGGAGAUGUUUGUGAACAGUAAUGGCUACUGUCUGGGUGACAGGGAUGACGGUGUCCCUGUUUGUGAUGUAGAACUACCAGCCUGGGCAAAGAAACCUGAGGACUUUGUCAGGAUCAACAGGAUGGCCCUGGAAAGCGAGUUUGUGUCGUGUCAGCUGCACCAGUGGAUUGACCUUAUUUUUGGCUACAAGCAACGUGGACCCGAGGCGGCACGCGCCCUCAACGUCUUUCACCACCUGACCUACGAGGGCUCCGUCAACCUCGACAGCCUCGCCAGUGACCCCCCGAUACGCGAGCCUCUGUUUUCCAACUCUUUUUUUAAAAUUUUUUUUACAUCUUUCCUCUUUGCUAACAACCUCUCCUCGUCUAUUUCUCCCUCCCCCUCUUUUCCAUCCUUCUCUUCCUUUGCUUUCUCUGUUCAACAGUGUUUCCUUCCGCAGAGUCCGCUCAUGUUUAAGGAUCAGAUGCAGCAGGAUGUCAUCAUGGUGCUAAAGUUUCCCUCCAAUUCUCCCGUCACUCACGUGGCUGCCAACACACUGCCGCACCUGACCCUCCCCGCCGUCGUCACCAUCACCUGCAGCCGGCUCUUCGCCGUCAACCGCUGGCAUAACACCGUGGGUCUUCGAGGAGCUCCGGGAUAUUCACUAGAGCAGGCCCAUCACCUCCCCAUCGAGAUGGACUCACUGAUUGCUAACAACUCAGGCACAAACAAACGACAAAUCACUGACCUGGUUGACCAGAGCAUUCAGAUCAACACUCAGUGUUUUGUGGUGAUGGCUGAUAACCGCUACAUCCUGGUGUGUGGUUUCUGGGACAAGAGUUUCCGUGUUUACUCUUCAGACACAGGCAAGCUCACUCAGAUAGUGUUCGGUCACUGGGACGUGGUCACAUGUCUGGCACGCUCAGAGUCUUACAUCGGUGGUGACUGCUACAUUGUGUCGGGAUCCAGAGAUGCCACUCUGUUGCUCUGGUACUGGAGUGGGCGGCACCAUAUCAUAGGAGACAACCCUAACAACAGUGAUUACCCAGCUCCCCGUGCGGUUCUGACCGGUCAUGACUAUGAGGUGGUGUGUGUGUCAGUGUGUGCUGAGCUGGGAAUUGUAAUCAGUGGAGCAAAAGAGGGGCCGUGUCUGGUCCACACCAUCACUGGGGAUCUUCUGAGGGCUCUGGAGGGCCCCGACAGCUGUGUGCUUCCCCGCCUGAUCUCAGUGUCCAGUGAGGGUCACUGCAUCAUCUACUACGACAGGGGUCAGUUCUGCAACUUCAGCAUCAACGGCAAGCUGCUGGCCCAGAUGGAGAUCAACGACUCCACACGGGCCAUCCUCCUGAGCAGUGAUGGGCAGAAUCUAGUGACUGGAGGAGAUAACGGGGUGGUGGAGGUCUGGCAGGCCUGUGAAUUCAAACAGCUGUACGUCUACCCCGGCUGUGACGCCGGCAUCCGAGCCAUGGACCUGUCACACGAUCAGAGGACUCUGAUCACAGGCAUGGCGUCUGGCAGCAUCGUGGCGUUCAACAUUGAUUUUAACCGCUGGCACUUUGAGCAUCAGAACAGGUACUGAGAGCGAUCAGCCAGUGACGGCCAGCUGCAGCCUCGGGCGGUAACGUGCCAUUACGGGAGGUGAUGUAGCAACUGAAGAUAUGGAAUAUGGAUCAAGAAAUGACACAAUGCUAGUUGGAGAAGUGCAGUAACCUACACUGAGAUCCAGCUGCUUGAGCAAAAGUAUACAUGUCUCAGAAAUGCACAGGAGCAAUUGACAGAUGACAGUGGAGAGAGCACAGAGCACAGAUGGAGGCCAGUUUUUCAUCACAAAUUAUUUGAUCUAAUUGUCAUCUGAGCCAACAAUAGUCUUGUCAAAAACAGCCUUUUUACUCGUACUCCCGUCAUUUUAACUGUAACCGUGACACUUUGCAUAGAGAACCAAUAACGAUAUUUUGACGAGGUUUAUUUUCUACUGGCUUGCAGCAUAUUUCACUUUCUCUAGGUUUUUUUUCUACAGGCCCUUGGGAAAGAAAAGCUAUCUGAACAAUAAAUAAGUAAAAGUCCUCCCUCUGAUGCUGAGCUCAUGUAUGUAAAUGCUAUACAAUUUAUUUUAAACGUACUAUUCUGCAAUUGAAUUCUGUUUGUCCCGUGUUUAUGCAUUUUGACAUCAUCAAAUAUUUUUUAUGAUUGCAAAGAAAAAAAGAAAAGAUGCUUUUUGUUUAAUGUGACGUCCUGUAAUGUUCGUUCAGACAUUCUCCUCGUGAGGAUGAAUGGUUUGUCUGGUGUGUAUGUAUUUUAUUUCAGAUGUAUCUGGAAUUCUUGCUGUAUGCAGCAUUAAAGACAUCUUUUUGGUCAAGCUCUAAAUGGGGGUCGAUGCUGAUGCUAACUUUGCGACGUCUGGGCAAAUAUCAUUGUAAUUCUUGUGCAGUUUUAUCAUUUAAAGUUAUACAUGGUUUUACACAUGUGAAAAGACAAUGGUGAGGUUUUUUUAGACUGGUAUUUGCACCUAUAACUGGUUUUUAUUUUGAAUAUUUUCAUAUUUGCUUAC